GUGUUAUGUCCGUGUGCGUCUUUGUGUCCACUGGCUCAAUUAGCGUGGCCCGUUGUCGACGAACCCCUUACAUAAUUACUAGGGGGUUGCAUUCAUUGCAGCCGACGUCUGGCGAGAGGCGGGCGGGGUGGGGAGUGAUGGUGGUAAUGCCUGUUGAGUGAAGAGUGGGCCCCCCCCCUCCCGCCAUGCUUCGUUAAGCGGGUGACCAAAUUCAUGAAGUUGGUGACCAAACGGUUGUGUUGUCCUCGCUGCUUGGCUGCUGCUGCUGACUGGACUAGCGCACAGAAGUGAGAGUCAAACGCUGAGCAAGCGAGAGCUGUGACCAACGCCCCCCCCAUGUACUACAGUAUACAGUGCUAAGUCAAAAAGCACGUGUUGCAUGCAGUCCCAAAGCGAGCAUCGGCCCUGGCUGGCUUGCUGCGGCUCUUCGUGUUGUCUUUAUUGUUUAAUAAACUCGCGCGAUUAUGCGGAGAUCUCGUUCGACCGGCUGCGCAUAUAUUAAGGUGAAGAUGUGGAACAGUCGGCCCGUAUUGCCUCUGGCGUACAAUAAUUCAGCGUGUUUGAGUACAGUACGGCGUGGUUAUACGCACAAAGUGGGAAUCCCUUGCUGCUGGUUUAAUAACAGCGCUUCGUUUGGGGGGGUACUCACAACUAUUUGGAUGUAUAUAGUAUCUAGAUGCGAGCCGCCUUAGCUUUGGUAGGGGCAGGUCAUGUUAAAUUAACUUUAAUUUUAGCUGUAUUCUUUGAUCGCGCACACACACAGGCGCAGCAUUGUGUUGUUGUAGUAUCAGUACGAUGUCGUAAACAGACGUGCUGAUGAUUGACGGUACGAGGAGAUUAUCAUUGAUAACCAUCACGCUCGCCCAAAGUUUGCGGGGAAAACUUACAAUCGCCUUGGUGGAACGAGAAGACAACAUAAACGUACAGCAGCCCGCGGCAGUGUUGGUCGCCCUUGGGGGAGAGGGGGGGGGGUAUAGAAUAAUAAACAUUGUGGUUGUUAAACCCAGAACGGCGCCUUCGGUUCCGCGACUUUCACACUUCAACACGUGGCGCGAACAACAACCGAGCACAGUGAUUAUUAAACGCCAUAAGCACGUGGCGUGCGGUCACACAUCAUCAUCAUCGCACAGUCAUGUGGCCCAUGAUUAACUCUUGUGCUGCGUGAUUAAUUAUUGUUGUAAAAGGUUUUGUGUGUGUUGUGGGGUAGGCGGGUGGGGACGCGUGAUGCCGAGCGCGCCUUUAAACGUCCCAGAGAAAGUGCACGUGUGUCUCAAGAGACGGCGCUUGUGCAAACAUUCUUGGGCACGUUGCUCAUCGUCUGUCCAUGGCCUUCGUGCGAUUCCCUCGGCUCCGUGGACAGGAGGGGCUGGGGUGAAUAAUGUGGAGUGAAUGCUCACGAAUUGACAUCCGUAGUCAUUACAUCCGUAGUCAUACCGCAAUAGACAUUUACAGCGUCUGAUAUGAAAUAUGUGAGUUUUAUUAGGUGUACCUUCGCGCAAUGCAGCUAUCUAGCGUGAUAUGACACUUGAAAUAAGUUACAUAAAAAGUCCCAACCUCUAGAAUGGUGGCCACCUACGCAAAAAAGUUGUGCGGCAGUGAGUUAAUUUAUACAUUGGGAUAUUUUUUUUGAACAGCGAUUAACUCGUGCGAGUUUCGAUGUAAUGUAUGACAAACAAAAUGAGGAACUCGACAAAGAGACGUAUCGUGCGUAGGUUUUGGCUUUUACGGUCAUCGUUGCACAAUAAUGCCGCCAAGUGAACGCGGCAUGCCAAAAAGCCAGUGGCGGGAAGAAGACGAAAAAACGUGCGUUUUAUUUCAAGUGCGUUUACAGUAAUUAAUGCGAAGGAAAGCUGUUGGCCGGGCUCUCUCUUUUUUUUUACGGCAGGAAGUAAAACAAAAACUGGCACGGGGAGUACUUGUUGGCUCGCAAUUUUCUGAAUAAAAGAAACUUCGUGAAGAUGAGCGAGCGAGGCCCUGAACACGUCCCAAAAUCAUCGCAGAGUAGGAUAGUCGACAACAAAACCCGUCGCGUUCACUCGCCAGAGGUCUUCCGCAUGGAUUGGUAGCAGCAGAUUAAAGAUGUAAUCUUUAGAUGUUGUAUAUCCACUGAAAUUGCCUGCUAUUAAAGCAGUGAAGACGGCGGUUGUGUACAAACGUGGUCGACGGUUUUGGUAUUCGCGGCAGGCGUAAACGCGUGUCUUGAGUCCGCUUUGAAGCAACUCUGUUAAGAAACUCGAAUCGAACGGCCACGCAGCUCCUGCGCUGACGUUACCUUUGCCGGGUGGUAUUCUUAGGUCUUUAACAUCCCACGUAAUCGUCGUGAUGGCACUGCGAUAUCGUUGCACCUAAUUUAAAUGGAGUGCUCACGCCAAUAACAUGGUAAGGGGUCCAGAGUUUGGUGGUUGCAACAAAUGACGUUGGAUAAUAUUGAUCUGGAAAAGCCAAGAGGCUUCUCGUACUAAACAUUGUUUUCAUGUAUGCGUGGAGACAGAAAGGAAGUGAGCUGUAUUAUUUUACCUGUAACUGUUGUUAGUACGGUUCAAAGACUUGGUUUAAAAUUGAUGAAUUUUUCUGACAAGUUUUGAGUAUGAAUGAGGAAGGUUUUGGUUGAGUAUUUACUAACUGGUUUCACUUUACCUCGUGCGCAUUUAUGGUCGGUUUACCGAGUGCUGUAAAGUCGAUAACAUCUACCCCAUAUAAUGUAGUUACAGCCCUUUGAAGGCAGACUUUGGUUUAAGCCAAGGAAAGUGAUUGCCAAUAAUUAAUUGCAAGCCACUCUUCCUUGUUCUCAUUCACUUUUCUUACACCAACAUGCACAGAUAUAGUCCGAUGCUUGUGUCUGUGCUCGGUGUCUUCAUCAACCUAAACAUACACUAAAGUGUUUGUCGAGUCUCGUAAUAAGUUCUCGGUUGCUUUGGAUGUCCACUGCAAACCCUGCUAAGUACACAAAGCGCACCUUGUUUGACUUUUCCGUGGGUGGGAAUGACCAUAAAACGUGAUUUUCUUUUCUCCCCUUCACAUUGCUAUGCAAAGAUGCACGUGUGACAAGCAUGAUUUCCUUAUGCAGAGCCAUACACUCUCUUUGCUGUUCAUUUUGCCUGCUGCAAGCAGGACACGUGAAAACAAAUAAGUUAUAGUGGCGGCAGAAUUUUAGUCGAAACUGAAAAGUUUCCAGUGACAAGUUGCAGUUACAUAAAUAACUGUAAAAGGGUUAUGUGCUGUGUAGCGUGUUCUGUAUGUAAAGGCAGACACAAGACCAAAGCUGUGCACUGCAAAUGUUGUGGCUUUCUUGUGCCAAGUUGGGUUUGCAUGAUCCAGAGUCUUCAUUUGUAAAUGAUGGUGCUCUUCAGUGACCCAAAGCUUCGUGAGCUAUGGGGAUCAGUACACAGCAUCCUAUCCACCUUUUGCAUGUGUUGACGCAGUAGACGACAUUACAUGUGCGUUUAUUAACACCGCCGAGUGUAUUGCAUGCUCACGUAAAUAACCCUAUAUGCAAAGCCCUUAGCACAAAGUCGUCAUUGAUGUUUUGAUAUAGGUGUUUCCUGUGUCGCCUUUAUGCGUUGAACGCUUUAAGUACACACACGCCAGGGGCAAGUAGUUGGGGAUAUUCUCGAGGGGUCGGGAGCGGCCGUGUUUGGUUUGUGCAAUGAGUUUGGGAUCGCGAUAAAUCCGCCCACUUGGAGGAAGGGGUGCCGAUGAUGGGUGGGGUGGGGUGAGAGAGGGAGCCGGGCAAGUUGGUUGGGGAGAGAGCCAGAGAGAGAGAGAAGGGGGGAGGCGGAGACGGUGAUUGACCCCGAUUAGUGCGCCUUUUGUGCCCUGAACGCGGCGUGUCGACUGAAAUAAAGGCUGCCUGCACGCCGAUAGACUGUACACAAACACACGAGGCGCACGGCUCAUCCGCUCGGGCUGCCGCGACCAUGAAGUUUACUUCCACGUGCAGCAGUGACGAGGACGACGAGGAGGUGGAGGUGAGAGACCACGACUACGAGACGAGCCUCCAGAAGGAAAGCGGCAAGCGGCCCGGCUCCAAGGCGCGCUGGUCCCGCGAGGAGGACGACCUUUUGAAACGAUUGGUGGAGAAACAUGGGAAUGGCGACUGGAAGUUCAUCGCCAACUUUUUUACAAAUCGUUCCGACGUGCAGUGCCUACACCGUUGGCAGAAAGUGCUCAAUCCUGAGCUUAUUAAGGGGCCAUGGACGAAGGAAGAGGAUCAUAAGGUGAUUGAGCUCGUGCAGAAGUACGGUCCCAAGCGCUGGUCGCUCAUCGCCAAGCACCUGAAGGGCCGCGUGGGCAAGCAGUGUCGCGAGCGCUGGCACAACCACCUCAACCCUGAGGUGAAGAAGUCGUCGUGGACCGAGGAGGAGGACCGUGUCAUCUUCGAGGCGCACAAGCGCCUCGGAAACCGCUGGGCCGAGAUCGCCAAGCUGCUGCCUGGCAGGACCGACAAUGCCAUCAAGAACCACUGGAAUUCGACGAUGCGACGCAAAGUGGAGCAGGAGGGCUAUCUGCAGAACUCGCCUGACCCGGGCUUCCAGCUGCCAGCGGCGCUGUACCAAACAACCUGUUCGGGGCCCAUGCCCCCUUACCGCGACACCGUGCCCCAUCGCUCCAACUGUCCUACCUCGGCCACCUUCCAGUACUACCCAUAUCCAGAGACCGAGGAGAUGGCCGCCCAGCGUCACAAUUACCAGGUGUCUGUGCGUUUCAACAUGACCGGCCAAGGAAUGAACUUUCAGAAUUGCUAUGGGGAGGAAGAGGACCCAGAUAGAGAGCAGCGCAUAAAGGAGCUCACCAUGCUACUGAUGUCCACGGAAAACGAAGUUCGUGGAAAGCAGAACUUCACGAUGGAGUAUGGUGGGGGCUGGGGCUCUGCCCUCCUGUCGGACCACGUCAUCCUGUCAGACGGCAGCCUGGCAGGCCCGCUGGGUGGCCCCGAGGAGCCGCUAGCGGCCUUCACGCAUUCCCAGGGGCCCGCUUGCUCUCUCGCUACCAACACGAGCCCUCCCCAGGCUGAAGGCGCACUCACACCCCCAAGCUACCUCUGCCUGGAUGGACAAAGCAACUUUGGCAUCUCGGAGACGGGUUACAAUGUGCACGUGCCGCCAGCCUAUCACGGGAUGGACACAGAGCCGUCCUGCCUCGGCGACCUCCACACGCUGGAGUUCCUGGAGGGGCUGGACCGUGGCCACGCUGACGGCGAUGCCGCCGCCGCCGCCGCCAGAUUGAUGGUGGUCAAGGUUGAGGCGUGCGACUCGGCGUGCAGCUUCGCCGGAGACGAGGUACCCGGCGGCAAAACGGACGGCACGCCCGCCGUGGCGCCGCCCGGCCUCCUGCGACGCGCCCGCAAGCGCCUGAAGAACGGUCUCCUCGAAGACUUGUGCUCCUCCGAGUUCACGCCAAAGGGGACGCCAACAAAGUCCAUGCCCUUUUCUCCGUCACAGUUUCUGAACACGUUGAUGCCGCUGGAUUUGCCAUUGUUGACGGACUCCCCGACACUGACCUCAACGCCCGUGUGCGAACUCAAGGCGGCAGCGACCACCCCGACGACGGCGCGGGACCACGCUUCGCGCGUGCAGAAGGAGAACAACGGAUUCAGGACACCGAGGAAGUGGGUGGUGGAGGCGAUUCCCAGAACCCCGACACCGUUUAAGAAUGCACUCGCAGCUCAGGAGCGGAAGUACGGGCCUCUCAAAAUACUGCCGCAGACCACGAGUCAGCUGUCCGAAGACUUGACCGAUGUGGUCAAAGUAGAAGUUGAGCACGGGUCGGACUCGGAGGGACACUUUCUGCCCGUCCACAUCAAGCGCGAGGCGGAUUCUCCAUCCCAGUCGGCACGCCGCUCCCUCUCCCUGGACGUGUGGGAGCGGUGCAGCCCAGAGCCGUCGCAGACCCUGCUGCCCGACGCCGAGGGAGUGGCGCUGUCAGGCGUACUGACUAAGGGGCUGUUGGUCCCGGGGGUGGAGGCAGAGAGAAGGGAGGACCGAAGCGCGGGCUCCGUGCAGAGGUGGCGGCAAAUUCCAGCGGUGCUACGAACCCGGACGGAGGGACACACACCCUCGCCGGUUUCCGCGGCGUCUUGGGAGGUGACGCCGUUGGGCAAGACGGCAGAGGAGCAUGCGGCAGUGACGGAGCAAGCCCGCAAGUACAUGAGCAGCCUGGUUCCUCGCAGCCUUUACCUGUAGCCUCGCGAGCACUCCCCCCACCCCCAUCCCACCACCGAAGCCACUCGCAUAGACGCCGCUUGGCCUACCAGUUAGAUCCCGCAGAGCUCGGUCGCUUGCAAGCCCGAAGGCCUCGCUCGAUUGUCCGGUUCGAUUUUCAAGCAAAUCUAUCGCUUGCUUUCCCCUUUCUUCACCCCAUGGUGAAAUUGAUUUUAAAAAAGGCCGCCCUCUACUGACGGACCCGAACAUGGGUCGCUGUGUGAUUGGUGGUCAUUGGGCGCUUAUGCGAGUGAUGUAAGGUUCUAGUUUGAAAGCAAGUUUUAUACAUUGUUGGAUGCAAGAGUCGGUGGAUGUGUUUUUUGUAAGCUCUUUUUUUUUGUUUAUGCACUUGUCGGUACGGUCAGAAAAGCCAAGAAAUACUUUUUUACCAGGCUGGCUUUUAAAAAAAUAGACUGCUUGGGGGCAUUUUGACACAUUCUGGGUUAAUGAGGCUAGCAUAACUUUAUGCAGAAGUAAGCAUAUUUAAUAUACAGUAUCUAUUAAUAUAUUACACUUAGUUAAAUGUACUUUUUACUACUUUUUUUGACAAUUUAAGGGAGCGUUCAACGAACUGAAGUUUAGGAAAUUUUAGGGUACAGAUUUAACUCUAAAUAUACUCAACCAUAACACUCACAAAAUCGCCGAGGUUUGUUACAUAUCAAUAUUUUUACAUUGACCGCCUUAAAAUCUAUUGGAAUUUACUUUAGAAAAUUGUGUUAUUUAUUGUCAACAUGCAAAGGCAUAUAUUUGUUUGGGCGAAUAUAGCCCACCCCUGUAUUUCCAAGUUGCGCUGCUGGUGAAAGUUGAUUGCCACUGGCUUCCCAAGACAUUAAACAUGCAUUUUUUAAGUAAUCACAGGCAUAAUUACAAACUGCUCAAGUCAAUGAAAGUCUGUAUAACGGACACCUGUUACAACAACAAAAAAAUAUUUUUUUAUAGGCAGUGAGAGCGCAUACAUUUGAUGUGUGCGUGUGUAUAUUUGUGUUGUUCAUUGCUUCUGCUAUUGGGCCACCUUGAAUGUAGUUCCAGUGCUGCAGAACGUUCACCGCGAUGAGGGCCAUGGUCACAUCCCCUGGGGGGUUUGUAGCUCCAGAGAGGCGAGCGCACAAUGGGAGAUGUAAUAGGUGGUCCGGGCUAGGGCUCGCAUGAGUGGCGAAACACUCGUUGAGUAUACGUCCAUCUACCCAUCGUUUUAAAUGUAAUUAUUAAUAUUGUUAACUUGCACUUAUUCCAGCAAUUAGUAGCAGUAUUUUAUGGCUAAUAAUGAAAUCGGUGCAGUGUUGUAUCCAUUGGAGCGGGAAUUCUUACGACACUGUUUGGGGCAGGAGUGGCCAUUUCCACAUUCUGGCCGGAGGGGGGUCUUGCUGUUGAUUUGUAUCGAUUUACGAGACAUAGUUGUCACCCUUAAGGCUCCCCACUCACAAGUUGGGCAGCGAUGCCCGUCUGGUGUUGUGUUUUUUCUGCUCCUGUAAAAAUCACCCGGAUUCAUCUCUGCUUAAGGAUGCAGAUGGUUGAGAGGUUUAAUUCACAAAAUGUGAAUGUCAGCACCGCAGUCAUUGCGUUACAUUACAAGCUUGGGUAGGCUGCAUAGCGGACGGUCUUGUAUAUUAAAAACACGACUGAUGUUUGCUACAACAGACUGACUAUUUUGAAGAAACUAUUUUCUUCAUUGAGAAAUGCCUGCGUUUCUCGUGUAUUUGACUUGAAAUCAAUUCAAACUUGGGAGUUUUUGUAAGUGUUCAACACUUGGCAGGGGUUAUCUUUUUGUAUCCAUUUAUACAGAAUGUCGUGGUACUCAUUUAAAUUUUGACAGUAUACAGAUGUUGCUUGUAAAGGUAUGGUAAAUUAACUUUUCAUAUCAAUUUAAAUGUUAUUUGGCUAAAAGCCAGUAAUUGAGGAACUAAUUUUGUACAAAAUACUGAUGUGCUGCUUUUACGAAAGAGUAAAAAAAGGUAAUUUGCUGCAGUGUCCAGACCAGUGGUAUUUAAUGUAGUUAUUGUAUUAUACUUGUUCCUUGUGUACAAUGUAAUUAUUCAAUGUAUGUUCCUUUUAAAGGUCAUUCAUUUUUUUUGUUAAUGAGUAAUGUUUUACACUCCUUAAGUUAAAACAAGGGCAAGGUAUUUUUUUUUGUCGUCGUCGUAAAUGUUUGUCCCCAAAUCCAGUGGCGAGAACGUGUUGUCAAAGAGUCUUGAACCAAAGUAAAAUAGCGCUGCAGACAAUUGUUUUGAAUAGCAUGAAGAAAUCGGCGCUCGUGACAUGCGAGGCUUUCUAGAACAGCUGUGCGCGCAAGCACCUCGCAGUCGUGUUGCACCGUCAACGCUUUGGCUCGGGACUCGAGCAAGGAUUGGGGCAGCGAUUGAAACGUUGGCGUGCGUAAACUUACCCGAGCAGCACGCGCACGCUCCUCUCGUCACCCUACAUUUGCCAUUGUGAAUGUACAAGCGCCUGCUCGUCAACAGAUGCGUGAAAAAAAACCUGCACUUCAUAGUUUACGCGCGUGCUGCAUUUGGAACCCGUGCUUUAGAAUCUCCUCCCACCACCACCAUCCGCAGCCCCCCUCGACGGUGACACCUGAACGCGUUCCAAGAAGCCGUUAAUGGAUCGGUUGUUUUUUUUUAGCCUUCAGUAGUCGCGUAACCCGCCUCGAAAGCGUGCACCCAAUGUUAUCACGGCUCUGUAAACAAAGCCUUUGUGGCGCAAACGACUCGCGUUGCGACUUGAGAAAGGUGUCACUGUGGGCUUUAAACGUUGGGGGUGGGGUGGGGGGGUGAGACACGUUAUGACAAACCGGAGUGGGCAUUGAGCACUGACCUGGGGAAGGCAAAUUGCCAAACCCGGAGACAACACAGCCACUGGGAAUGGCGAGCACACCUCGAAAGGCAAAAAUGAAGGGAACCGCACGACACACGUGCACUGCACGACGAUAGAAUGUAGUUGGUAAAGUUUGGAGUGUGUUGCACCCUUACUGGUGAUGAACUAUAAGGUAGGGGGGGGGGUGUGACUAGUUAUUUUAGAUGUGUGUUGUGACCUUUUGAUUGUUCAUAGUUUGUAUAUUGUGCGUGAGGUGUUUUUUUAAGCGUUACGUUUGCACCUUUUUUUCUGUUUCGCUGUACAAAUAUAGACGCUACAGCAUGAUAGCACUAAGUGUUGUGAAUUAAAAGUGAAAGCUACUACAGAUUCCGAGUGUACGGUCACCCACUGACCCUAAAUAUGUUCGGCUGUUGAGGCAGUCUCCAUUGCCAAACGUGUGCGACAGUGAUCCUCUUAAUUUUCAUAAAUGCUGAACUCAAUGCUGUUCUUUUUCAAACACAACACUAUCCGUAGAGCUCGUAACUUACCAAGUAAAAAUAAAAGGAAAUUUAAUUGACCGAUAUUAGACGGUCUUUACGCAGACUCGUCAGCCAUAACUAUUGAUAUCUGCCAUUUGGAUUUCCUUGGUGUUUUUUUGUAACUUGCUAAAUGUACCGGGAAACUGCCAUGAUUAAAUCAUCUGUCUUUUUAACAACAGAACUGUGGCGUUAAUAGCCGGUGUCCAGCAAGGUGGAGAUGUAAACCUAUCGAUGUCACGUUUCCUUCACAGAUUCUCACGUGCUUUCGAAACAGUUGCUCGUAUGUCAUUGGGUACUGCACUGUCUACCAAUAGUUACUUUAAGCAGCAGCUGAGAAGGAAUACAAGUUUGGUUCCUUAAAAACAAUUAAUUUGUUUGCAAGUUAAUAUUGUUGGUUUGAUUGCCAGUAGUUGUUUUGUGUGUUCAAACUGCCAGCGUGCUUUUUUUCCUGAAUGUAACGCACUGCCAAAUAGGAUUUUGUUCAUUUUGUAAUUGAUAAGUGAAUGUGCUUUGAAGGGACCAUGUUUUGUUCACGAAACACACUGCCAAGGACGCUGCUGUUUGUGCCACAAUUUUUUUAGAGAGUUUGUCAGACUCUAAAUGCAUAUUUUCUAGGUUUUUUUAUCAGAUUGGAAGGAAAAUUUUAAAGUCUGAUAAACACCUGUUUUAAGUCGACCAUUUCAGUGUCAUUUGCAAAACAAUGCUAACCUACAUUUUACAAGUGAAAACAAAGUGGUGGAUGUGGCUCAGUUGUCUUAAUAAAGUGUGUUUUAAAAAUA